UCAACAUUAUCUUCUUCAAGGGAACGACCUGCCUUCGGGGUUUGCGUACGGCAGAAGUUGUACUAGUCCAUACGUUGUAGGCCUAUUAACUUUAUUGUUUUUUAUGUAUUUUUGCCCGACCACGAUGAAUAAUGGCACAUCCCAGACCAGCAGAAGGCCUCCUGUCUUGACUUCCUACUCAAAUCGCACAAUCAGUCAUCCAACGUUCAUGCCGAUUUGUCAAGAGCCUCUGCGGAGAUGGUCGGCUAUUCCACCAGUGCCAGUGAUGACCCCCAUGGAUUUCUACUAUACUGACCCCAGCCUGCCCCCAGGCCACCGGGUGCCCAAUAUUGUUACGAAGUUUGAGGCCAUUGAGAAGUUCCAGCUCAAUACUCCCCCACCAAUCAUGUCCUCUCAGCUGGCUCCCCGUAUCCAACCAGAUCCCUUUCUGAGCGGCACCCACCCAACCCGCAACCUCGGCACCCGGUCGUGGACCCUAGACCUCUGCCACCGUCCCCAGCCCUACAUGACCCGACCUCAAGCCAAAGGGACCGUGGAGGUCAUUCAGAUGUCACAGGCGGAAGAUGAAGCCAUCACAUCUCUUCUGCUUCUCCACCACAGCAUCGGCGCUACGAGUCAGCGAGACGAGGUCAAGAGGUCGCCGUCUCCUGAGCUUAGGCUUAUGGCUCAAGGUCAACAGUUUCCUGGUCAGUCUCCCUCAGGGGAUAUCCGCAGUCAAAGCCGAGAAGCCGGAUCAACAAGGUCGGGGAGAGCUCCUGAAACAUCUUUAUCGAGGGCCGUCACUACCACAAUUAAUGCACCUUCCCCUAAGGAACAUGCCUCAAGUCCAGGAGGAGUCUCCCCCUGGGUCCUCAGAAUGCCAUCCUGAGCUUCCCAUUGGUUCGCCUGAACAGUCACCUGAACUUGAGCAUCAGCCUGGUUUGAGUUCAGUCCUGGAGGUGGGCGGUGAUCUAUUUGAGCCAAAGGACCCGGGGCCUGCUGAUGUGUCUCCUUUGACUGAAGUGUGUGUGCCACCUGUGGACAGAGGGCCAGAAGGUACAUAUCCUCUUGUGGGUGUAGAGUCUCCGCCCAGGUCUGCAGCGGAACAAGAGUGGAGUGGAUGUUGCGAACAUCCAUCAGAAAUCCCUCAGGAAGGUAACCAGCUGGAGAAAGCCAGGCCACCUGAGAUGCCAGCAGAUGAGGGGUAGUUAUGUGAACGUGUGAGACUUGAGCACCUCAUUCUGCUGCUGAGGGCCAUGCAUUUUGUCCACUACCAGAGGAAGAAAUAAGAGACUUUUUUUUCUGUGAUUGUGUUCAUAGUAAUACAAAAGUUUUAAAUCCUGGUCUUGGUGUUUUAGUCUCUUGUACUAAAUUACAACUUGUAAUUUACUUUGGCAUAACGAGACAUUUGUUUUUGGCUACCAAAAUGCAUGUGGAUCUCUGAUAUGCUCAGAUAUGACAUCACACAUUUUUCUUUUAUGACUUGGCAAAGAAUGCUCCAACCUGUUUGUUCAGAUGUUUAUUAAAAUAGAAAAGGCAUGACUUUUUUUUUUUUUUUUACUUAGAACAGUUUUCAAUGGGAGGACAUCCA